AUGUCCGAGCAUCCAACGGCAAUCCCCAAAGGGUCUUGGGUUCUUGUGACAGCCGCCAAUGGUCACACUGGGAGUCACAUUGUCUUCGAGUUGUUGAAGAGAGACUUCAAGGUCCGCGGCACUCUUCGAGACUUAAAAUCAAGCCAGUGGCUACUAGAGGAUGACUUUGUUUCCAAGUACGCCGAACGCGGCCAUAUCGAGCUUGUAGUUGCCGAUACGACCAAACCCCAUGACUUCGACAGAGCCGUACAGGGUGUCGCAGCUGUCAUCCAUGUUGCAGUCAUUGGAGACUUGGUUCCUGACCCCAAUGUUGCUAUUCCAGCCACUAUAGAAUCAGCUUUGUCUGUUUGUCGAGCAGCAGCAAAGGAGCCAUCCGUGAAGCGUUUUGUCUUCACUUCUUCCUUUUGGGCUGCUGCCUUUCCAGUUCCCGGUGUCGGUGACACCAUCACAAACCUUGACACUUGGAACGAUGCUGCGGUUCAAGCUGCUUGGGCCCCUCCUCCAUAUGAAUCGGAUCGAAUUAUGCCGGUGUAUUUUGCAGCUAAGGUUGAGGCAGAAAAAGCUGUCUGGAAGUUUGUCAAAGAUGAGAAGCUCCCCUGGGUAGUCAACUCGGUCAGCCCUUGUGUUAUCCUGGGAGACCUCCGAGAUGAUAAACAUCUACGGUCUGUGCCUCCCCAGCUAAUUGAACAGCUGUAUUUGGGGAAUCUUGAAAAGCUGCAAACCCCUGCUAUGUAUUACAGCCACGUCACCGAUGCUGCGAUUAUCCAUGUCGCCGCUGCAAUCGACCCCGAAGUACAUGGUCGACGCAUCCAAGUUCUCGCAGCAUCAUUUACAUGGAAUGACUGUCUUGAUAUCCUACGAAGCGCUUACCCGAAUCGCAACUUCGUCGAUAACUUUAUUUCUGGUGACCCGAAGUUGAUAUACAACAUUGAGAACGAUAUUGCUCUUGAUCUCCUACAGAAAUGGGCCGGGCGUGGUUGGAUCAGUUUGGAGGCGAGUGUUACAGAAGUGGUGGAUUACUUGAUCAAUACGAAGAGGCUGGGUGAUGAAUUACCGAAAAGCCAACCAAUCACCGAACAACCAAAAUUCCAACCCGGAACACUACAAUUCAUCAACUCUGCUCAUCCAGACGAGAUCACCAAUGCAAAUAGUAUCAGAUUGAUAAGAUCUCACGCUGCAAAGCUUUCUCGUGCUCUCCAGAAGAAAAAACAGCAAGAUGAAGCUCCUCUCGAGGGAGACAACCCUGAAAAUGUUCAAGCUAAGACAGAGUUGCGAUCUGUGGUUCACCCAGCAAUCAAUAAGCAAUACCGAAAGAUCAUACCUAAAACAAAAGUACAUGAACAGACUGGAAAUCACCCACCAAGUCCGAUACAGUUGAUCGGCGGUGCUCGCAGUGCCGCAUACACAGGAUUUGCAAGACCACUUUCAGAUGAUGAGCACUAUCUUUUUGACUUCUAUCUAAAUUAUGUUAUUUCUUACGGAUAUACUGCAUGCUAUGCUCAAGACGACGAGCAAAACUUUAUUCACUUGAUGAGACAUAUUUGGGUACCAAAUGCAAUGUCCAAAGUCAGCCUGAUGAACGCUGUUUUUCACGUGGCGUGCCGGAACUAUGUCACCGUCACAAAUAACAGCCUCUCCAGCAAGUUUGGGGUAAAAAAACUUCAAUAUCGACUAAUGUGCAUCCAAAUGGCUAAAGACGCCAUCGAGUCGGAGACUGUCGCUACUGACACAACUAUCGCAUUGUCAAUGCUUAUGGCCUCUGAAGCAUUCCUUGAAGGAGAUAUGAAUGCAUACUGGAGCCACGGCGCCGGCGUUAUGAAAAUGAUAGGCUCAAUGAUGGCGGUCAGCUCGCGGGAUGAGAGACUGGGAAGAUUUUUGCUUACACAGGAACUCUCUUUGGCAUAUGACCCGGUGGUGCAAAAGUCGAAAGUCAAAAUGGACUCUCGGCGGUUGGUUCUAUUCUAA